AUGCGUUGGCUCAGCGUAAACGUAGCGGCUAUCCAAGAGACAAAUUGGACUACCUCCACCAAGGUACCCUCCUGUGCCGACUACACGAUGGUCCGUCGCGACCGCGGUCGCAACAAAGGCGGAAGCUUGACCUUCUUAGUGGACAAAUCCCUUGCCCAUUAUCAGCGCCCUUUGUUUGAUGCCGACCCCACGGAAGUAUUGGCAAUGUCCCUCGACACUGGCCCGUUUAUACGAAACAUCUACAUCCCUCCAAUCUCCAGCUGUCCUCCCGGUUUUAUCGCCUCCAUUGUUCCCUACAUACCUUCUGGAGACAGCUUGGUGUUAGGUGACUUCAAUGCCCACCACGAC